CAUCGCAUUUUCGUUAUCUCUUUUACAUGUAAAUAAGUGUUUUCUUUUCUUAUAUAGGACUCCUUAUCUUUGAAUAAGUGGUGUACGUAUACGAUUUCAGAGCUAUGGAGAGACAUGUUUAUUUUGUUCUUCUGCUGGUGGUAACAGUACACCAAGUCAGAGGUAACCAUCACCAUCAUCAUCAUCAUAAUUAUCAUGACUGCCAUGAUCAUGAUUGCGAACUUGUGAAUGCAGCUAUAGAAAAUAUCGGCAUGUACUUUGACAGACAUCUGUGUCAUACUUUCAAAAAGGUGCAGUGUGCGGAUCAUAUUCUACCUGUUGAUGAACAAGUCUGUGCAUCAGACGGACAAACAUACGAUAAUCAUUGUCGUUUCGCAAAAGCUCGAUGUAGAGUGGUACUCCAUGGCACUUACGUAAAUCACAUGCUUACAAACCCCCUUACAAUCGCAAGAUAUGGACCUUGUGUCACGAGUUCCUUCAGUUCUAAGACUUCCACAACACAAUCUACCUCCGGUUCGCCAACGAUGACUGCAAUUACAUCCGGAAGCGGAAGUAUAAGUAAACAGACUUUAGUCCCCACACAGCCAUCUGCAACGACGUCUACAUUAUCAGCCUUCACUACUUCCUCAACAGCGAUGUCUGCACAGAGUAUUCUUGGCUCCGUCUUCUGCCAAUAUAAGGGAUCCGUUGACUGUGGACAAAACCUAAGCGUUGUCUGCGGCUCAGAUGGAAAGUUCUAUCCCAAUAUGUGCGAACUCCUGAAGGAGCAGUGCGUUGAUCCCAUGCUUAGAGAAGACACGGACGUUACGCACUGUAGUCUGUCUCCGUGAAGUUUAUACAUCAUUAUGUAUAUACUGAUAAAUAAAAGUUAAAAUGAU